AUGACACACACACGCACACAGAACACGCAGGCACACGACAAGCCUCGCUCGCGUGUUGAAGAAUUGUCGGACAGCCAAAGGCGCAAGGACCACGAAGAUUUCGUCCUCGACAACGCCUCUACUGUCUCGGCACGCCAUCGUCGCCGCUCAUCGACCUGCUUUCCUCUAUCGGCGAUGGGUGUCUUCAACGCCCUAGUCAGCGGCUCCUUUCUGCCGUGGAAGCGAGCCAACCGCGAAACCGACUACGAGACAGUGCUUUCCCGCCUCGAAGGCGAGAUCAACGACGUCCAGUCUCGUCUCACCCAGAUCCGUCUUCGCGAGCGACGGGCUUCGGUGACGCUCACACUGCAAGCGUUCUUGCUGUGGGCCAUCUACACGUUUGUCUGUUGGUUCUUUGGACUGUUGUCGUUGCGACGGGCGCAUCGGUACGAUUCGCAUGCAGGGUGGGAAAACACCCGGUUGCUGGGUGUGUGGGUGCCGGUCGUGGGUAGUCCCGUGCUGAUCAUUUCGACGAGGAGGAUCGUCAGGUGGUGGUAUAGGAGGAUCGGAGCGGCAGAGGACAAGCAUCUGAUCGAUCUCAAGAGGCAAAAGCGCGAGAAGGUCGACGAGAUCAAGCGUGCCACCAAGUACGAUCAUCUGCGGAUGCUGCUCGAAAAGUACGAUGAAGCCAGUGCAAAGGGUGUCACGCCAAACGUUGCUUCGACGCCGACGAAAGGAAAGGCGGGAUCCAAAUCAGGCUCACCGUCGUCGUCCAAGACUGCUUCUCCCGCAUCGACCACUCCCCAACGAUCCGGCGGCGCCGCACCACCCGCACCCGCUCCAACGACACCAGAAGCCCAAGCGCUCCAAGCACAGCGAAUGGCGCUCAUGCGACAGCAAGGAAACGUCAUCCAGCCCCCCCGACCGUUCCCCGUCGCAGCCGCGCCGCCGAUGCCAAAGACGUGGAUGGACAAGGUGGCAGAUGCUAUCCUCGGCGCCGACCCUUCUGCCACGGGACCGGAGCAAAAGUAUGCGCUCGUCUGCGCGCGCUGUCACGCGCACAACGGUCUGGCGCUCAAGGAGGAGUUCAACGAGGUGCAGUACAUCUGCCCACACUGCGGUCAUUUCAAUUCGCGUCGGCCCAGCUCGGCGCCCGUCGGUUCGCCGUUCAACAGCAACGUCAGUGGUGCUCAGGGAGGCGGCAGGGCGAGGGUUUCGGAUCAGGGUGUGAAUUCGGCGGUCGACACGACACCGUCCAAGCCGAGCAGGACCGAGAGGGGCAGCAGCAGACUCAAGCUGCGAGCGGACGAGAGCGACGCUGAUGAAGAUGAGGACAAACCACCGGUCGCAACGCUGCAGGAGGAAAGGGGGGCGGAGGGAAACGACUCCGUAUCGAUCGAUAGCAAGGCAGAGGAUGCGAGGGAGGAGAGGAAAAAGUCGUUGCGCUCACGCAAGUCGCAUUCGAACAGGUCUGGAGAGGACGGUAUGGAUCUCGAUGACGAUUGA